CAAAUGGGCUCGUUGCGUAGCGUUGAGAAAUUCUUGCUACAUAGAUUAUUGCUGGAAAGAUGCAUCGUAGAACGCGUGAUCAAAUUCUUUGGUGAAUUUUUUUUUAUUUGAUAGAGACCAUACAUCGUUAUGAUAACUGACAGACGGUAUCUACUCAUAAGCUGCUGCACUUCUGAAAGCAUCCACUGACAUGCUUUUGCUCGGCUCAGUCCCAACCCAAGCAAGAACAACAAGCGUUUUUCAGACAGCCUUCUGCGGAACUGUGCUCGCUACAUCGUCAUGUUCUGUAGUUUCUUGAAAACUUCUGUUGACAUACAACUAAUCAACUUUACAGACUGUGUUUUAGAUAUCUGAUAGCCUAUCAUAUGGUAAGAUGUAAAUUAUCACCUCACUUUUUGUUGUCGGGAAAUCAGAUUUUACAAAUCGACCUGCAGUCAAUCUUCAGUGAUUGCGGCUUCUCUGUCUUUUCUAGAAAGUCUGAAGACGCGCGUGUUUUUGUUUUGUUACUUUUGGUGACGUUAAUUUAAAGCAUAAGACACAUACGCACUGCGCAUCGUUGUCUUGGUGUUUGCGGAUACGCUAUUGCAAAAUGGACUUAAACUGCAACUAACUCGGAAUACUUUUGCAGUAACCCAACUCUACUAAAUAAUUGGAGGAGUUGUUUUCCUACUCGUUGAAUAACGAUCGAUUAUGGAAGAAGACGGGCAACAUGAGAACGGCGGUGUCCACGGCACCAAAGAUUCGGACCGCCAACAACGCCUGAGGCUCUGUGUUUUAAAUGAAAUUUUGAACACAGAGAGGGAUUACGUUCGGGUAUUGCUUUUCCUCCAGUCGGCCUUUUUGCACAGAAUCAGACAAACUCCCGAAGACCGGCAGUGUUUGGCGCCUGAGCAUGUCAAGAUACUGUUCUCUAACAUCGAGGCGAUCCUGGAGGUUCACACUGAUGUGCUGUCCGCAGUGGAGGCCAGCCUGCAGCCGGAGCCCCAGCCCGGGCACGCCCUCGGACACGUCUUCCUCACCUUCAGGGAACGGUUCUCUGUGUACGGAGAGUACUGCAGUAACCACGAGAAGGCCCUGCGGCUGCUGAUGGAGCUCAACAAGAUCCCUGAGAUCAGGACCUUCCUUCUGCACUGUAUGCUGUUGGGAGGGAAAAAGAGCACAGACGUUCCCCUGGAGGGCUACCUGUUAUCGCCUAUUCAGAGAAUCUGCAAGUACCCUCUCCUGCUCAAAGAGCUGUUGAAGCGGACGCCCAAGAAGCACGCGGACUACCCUGCUGUGGAGGAGGCCCUGCAGGCCAUGAAGGCAGUGUGCUCCAACAUCAACGAGACCAAGAGGCAGAUGGAGAAACUGGAGGCUCUGGAACAGCUGCAGUCACAUAUCGAGGGCUGGGAGGGCACCAAUCUGACUGACAUCUGCACCGAACUGCUGCUCCACGGUAACCUCCUAAAGAUCUCCGCCGGCAACAUCCAGGAGAGAGUAUUCUUCUUGUUUGACAACCUCCUGGUCUACUGCAAGAGGAAGUCCAGGGUUUCUGGGAAGAAGUCCACCAAGAGGUCCAAAUCCAUAAACGGUCCCCUGUACGUGUUCAGAGGAAGAAUCAACACCGAGGUGAUGGAGGUGGAAAAUGUUGAGGAUGGAACAGCUGACUACCACAGCAACAAUUACACGGUGACCAAUGGCUGGAAGAUCCACAACACUGCCAAAAACAAGUGGUUUGUCUGCAUGGCCAAGAAUGCAGAGGACAAGCAGAAGUGGCUCGACGCCAUCUUGAGGGAACGUGAGCAGAGAGAAAGUCUGAAGCUUGGGAUGGAGCGGGACGCCUACGUUAUGAUCGCCCAGAAGGGUGAGAAGCUCUAUCACAAUAUGAUGACCAAGAGCCGCCACCUGAUCAAGGACAGGCGCCGGAAACUGAGCAUUGUGCCCAAGUGCUUCAUGGGAAAUGAGUUUGUGUCGUGGCUGAUAGAGAGCGGAGAGAUCAGCAAGCCAGAUGAGGGGGUCAACCUGGGUCAAGCUCUGCUGGAGAACGGCAUCAUCCACCACGUGUCAGACAAGCACCAGUUCAAGAACGAGCAGGUGUUGUAUCGUUUCCGCUACGAUGAUGGCACCUAUAAGGCCAGGAGCGAGAUGGAGGACAUCGUGUCGAAGGGUGUAAGGCUUUACUGUCGUCUGCACAGCCUGUACACGCCUGUUGUCAAGGACAGAGACCACCAUUUAAAAACCUUCAAAUCUGUGGUGCCUGCCAGCAAGCUGGUCGACUGGCUUCUUUCACAGGGAGACUGUUCCACACGGGAAGAUGCGGUGACGUUGGGGGUGGAACUGUGCAACAAUGGCUUCAUGCACCACGUUCUGGAAAAGAGUGAGUUCAAAGACGAGUCCCAGUUCUUCCGUUUCUAUGCCGAUGAGGAGAUGGAAGGCACCAACUCCAAGAGCAAACAGCUGCAGCGCAGCGACUUCAAGCUCAUUGAGAACAUCCUGGCCAAGUCCCUGGUGAUCCACCCUGAGGAGGAAGACUACGGCUUCGAGAUGGAGGAGAAAAACAAGGCCAUUGUGGUGAAGUCUGUCACCAGGGGCUCCCACGCCGAGAUGGCGGGGCUACAGCCGGGCAGGAAAAUCUUCACCAUCAAUGAGGACCUGGUGUUUCUCAGGCCCUUCCAUGAGGUGGAGACCAUGAUCAGCCAGGCCUUCUGCAUCCGCCGCUCCUUACGCCUGCUGGUCAAUACCAAGGCCAAGGAGAUUGUGAAGAUUCCAGACACUCCAGAUGCCCUGUCCUUCAAACUCUGUGGCUCCGCCCCCCCCCACGUCCAUGCUGUAAGGAGAGGGUCAGAGGCGGCAUCAGCGGGCCUCCAGCCAGGUCAGUGUAUCCUAAAGGUGAAUGGCAGCAGUAUGAACCACAGUGACUACCAGGAGGUCCUGGAGCACUUCUCCUCCCACCACAACCAACAGGAGCACCCUGACAUGUGCCAGUGGGUGUACCGUACAUUUGACGACGUGGCGGAGGAAGACGGCGGGUUAUUUAGUGCGUGCCCGGCAGAGAAUGGCUCCGACCCGGAGGAGAACGGCAGGAAUGGGACAGACUAUAGUGGGAGCCUGAACAGGCUUUCCGUGUCCGAUGAGCCGGUGUCCCUGGUGAACAUGAUGGUGGACAACAUGCACCUGGAGCACGGCGUGGUCUACGAGUACGUCAGCACCGCCGGCAUCAAGAGCCACGUCCUGGAGAAGAUGGUGGAGCCCAAGGGCUGCUUCAGCCUUACCGCCAAGAUCCUGGAGGCCUUUGCCAGCAACGAUAGCCAUUUUGUGCGUAACUGCAGCCAGCUGAUCUCACAGAGCGACCGUGUGGUGUCGAUGCCUCAGUUUGAGUUCAGGAACAUAUGUGACACCAAACUGGAAAGCAUCCGCCAACGAAUCAGAAGCUACCAGCAGUUUGCCCUGGAGCUGAGGAACAAGGCGUGCCCUACCUUCAAAUCGGCCGGAGCGCAGCCUCACCCGUUGGGCUGCAUGGACUUUGUGCCCACUAACUGCCACAUCAACUUGAUGCAGGUGUCCAACCCCAAGACCACCACAGCCACUGGCCGGGCCUUCAGUAUCCGCUUCGGACGCAAGAACUCCUUUUUCGGCCUGGACCCCGACCAAGCUAAUCUUAACCCAAUGUCCCACACUCAACACUGUGUGACCAGCAUGGGGGCCCCAUCCUAUGCCUGCAGCAGCCCAGGGGAGGAGGGGGUGGAUGAGGGGGACCUGGAGGGCUCUGGAGAAGGAAGCCCCAACGGUAGACAGCAGCGGGGAAAGGGCCUCAGCUUCCUGCUCAAACAGGAGGACAUGGAGACCCAGGACGCCUACAUCCGACUCUACAGCCGCCUGGAGAUCGCCGUACGAGAGAUGAAGCAGUAUGUCACACAGAUCGAUGUCCUGCUGUCAUCCAUCACAGAGCCCACCCAGACGCAGGGCAGCGAACCCCCAGCCUACGAGCCCAGCCAGCCGCCAUCCUUGGCCGCUGAGGAGGGGGACCAGGACAGGGCGGAGCACGGGGUCAUUAAGAGGGUCUGCUUCAAGGUGACUGAGGAAGACCAGGAGGACUCUGGUCACGACACCAUGAGCUACAGAGACUCCUACAGUGAAUGCAACAGUAACAGGGAUUCCGUCCUGUCAUACACUAGUGUGCGUAGCAACAGCUCUUACCUGGGGAGUGACGAGAUGGGUUCAGGUGAUGAGUUGCCCUGUGAGAUGAGGAUCCCUUCAGAUAAGCAGGACAAGUUGCAUGGUUGUCUGGAGCAUCUUUUCAACCAGGUGGACUCCAUUAACAGCCUGCUCAAAGGACCCGUUAUGACCAAGGCAUGCGAGGAGACUAAGCACUUUCACCCAGACCACACACAGCCAGAGUUCCGCCACACUGAGGACUGGACGGUGCGCUGUCGACACGACAUCAACCAGAACAUCCAGGAGGACCCUUGGAACCUGCCCAGCUCCAUUAAGACUCUGGUGGAGAGCCUGCAGCGCUUCGUGGAUGAUGGGAAGAACCAGCUGCUUCUGGCCCUGCUCAAAUGCACAGACACAACUCUACAGCUGCGACGGGAUGUCAUCUUCUGCCAGAGCGCCACGGGGGCCCUGUGCACGCUGGCCGAGCAGCUCCUGGCGGCACUGCGGUCGCGUUUCAACAACGCCGGCGAGUACGACGAGGACAGCAAGGAGGCGAGCCGCAAAUGGCUGGAGCAGUCAGCCGCCAUCGGUGUGCUGCUGAACUUUCAGUCCACACUGGCGCCACACGUGGAGGAGGAGAGGACGAUGCUGGAGGACACCAAGGCUGCCCUGUUAGACCUGGACAAAGUCACUGUGUUCUUCCGUCAGCUGCAGGAUGAAUGCCUGGUGGCGAACACGCCGGUCAGUUACCACGUGGAGGGCAGUCGGCAGGCCCUGAGGGUCACUCUGUACCUGGACAGCUGCCACUUCAGUGAGCUCCCAACGCGCCUGCAGAACGGGGGAAGCCUCAAACUGCACACGGUGCUCUUCACCCGGGCCCUGGAGAGGCCCGAAGGAGUGUCCCAACAGGACUGUGUUUCUAUGGAGGAGUUCCAACAGCGCACCAAUGCUGUCUCCCUGGAGAGGGUUAAGGCCUACUACCGAAAACUCAGGGCUUUUUACCUGGAAAAGUCAAAUCUACCCACGGACUCUAACACCACAGCUAUGAAGAUAGAUCAGCUCCUACGACCCCUCAACACCCUGGAUGACCUGUGUCGUCUAAUGCAGACGUACCUGAAUACGCGGCCCAACACAGCAGGCCACCCCUCGGGCGUCAGCUUGCUGAGUGUGUCCUCGGAGCUGUGCAACCGUCUUGGCGCCUGCCACAUCACCAUGUGUGCCACCGGCAUACUGAGGUGCACCCUGACCGUGACCCUGGAGCAGGCCAUGAUCCUGGCGCGGAACCACGGCCUCAUGCCCCGUUGCAUCAUGCAGACCAUGGACAUAAUGCGAAAACAGGGCACCAGGGUAGAGAUCUCCGCUAAAAACCUCAAAGUGAUGGAUCAGAUGCCGCCCACUGCCCCAAGGCUCUUCAAGUUAUGUCUGCCACCCCAAGAUGGAGACCUAUAAAAGAACAGGCUCCUGUGUUUUCCCCCAGUAAAGCUAUUUUUUUUGGAUUUGCUAUAAACAAGAGCCUCUGUAACUGGAGAUCAAGGAUGAACGGGUGAUGCAGCAUGGGUCACACACACACACACAAACAAACUAUCCUACCCCAAAUAAAAUGUCCCAGGGUGCAUCAAGAGUCUAGAUCUCACAGGAUCUGGGGAAUCCUGUGUAGGAAAGGGACGCUCACACAAGGCUACUAUUAACAGGAUUAAUGCGAAACUACCUGUAGCAGAUAUUCAUCUUUAUUCACUUUGCCUUGGACUGCAACUCCAGAGAUUUGUCUCUUUUUCCGUUAGGCAGGGUCUGCAGUAUGACCGCCAGUAACUGGAGACACUGCAGCGGAGUAAAGAAGGGAGAGAUAGAUGGAGGAUAGGGAUGGAGUGAUAGAUGGAGGUAAGGGAUAGCGUGAUAGAUGGAUGGAGGGUCAGGUUAGAGUGAUAGACUGAUAAAAGGUAGGGAUAGAGCGAUAGACUGAUAGAAGGUAGGGAUAGAGUGAUGGAUGGAUGGAGGCUAUUGGCUGCCCGUUACAUUAGCCCCUCCCUUGCUUGCGGCGAAUGUGCAAUUACUAUAGGCUAGUGUGAGUACUGUAUUACUACACUAUGAAGGAGUUAGUUAUUUAUUGUUUUGAGAAGAAGUAUUUGUAUUUCCUCAAUAAUAUCAGGUAUUAAAGAAUUGAAAGCAUUCCAUGCAGUGUUUAAUGGACCAAUGCCGUGCUUUUUUUUGUUAUAUAACUCCUUAUAUAUUUUUUUAUGUUUCAAUUUUGUCUGUCAUUUCCUCUAGGGUUAAAUCUGUUGACAAACUCAUCAAGCGUCUAAAUGAGUGUUUCUUUUGUUUUUUGUUGAGGAAACAAGCUAAUCUAAUCUCAGAGGUGUUUGUGUUUGUCAAUCUGCACCUUGAUUUAACAGUUUGGAAUAUUUUAAACAUUUUAAAGUAUUAAUGUAUAUUUAUUAGGGCUGUCCGAGUUAGUCAGUCGACUCAAGUUACAGUAUUGUAAUUUUAGGAGUACACUUUUUUUUGCAAAUACAACGUCUGAAAGCGUUGAAAAUACACUGAAAACAUCCACGCUUUUUUGGAAGACAUCUUUAAAUACAUCUCACUUUUAGUCUAUCCUGAAUUGGCUGGUAAUUGCAUAAAAUUCCUCCAUUUAGUCUUUUUCCAGUUUGCCAGCCCUAAUAUUUGCUAAUAUUAUGAGUUAGAGAUUGCAGUCAACUUUUAGCAGAAGCUGAUUUAAUUUAGCUCAAGUUAGCUAGCUGUCUUGAUCUUAAUUUUUUUUAACAUUAAAUGUGCACAAAUAUUCCUCCAAUCACGCUGCAGUGAAACCACAACGUACUGUAAACAACCCACAGAUGACAACAUCAAAGGGAUCAGUAAAGUAAGGGUAGCAUUAUUUUAUUGAAUAUUUUAUUUUUUUCUUGUACAUACUGUAACCAAUAUGGUCUAUGACUGCAGUUGGCAGCAGAGUUAAUGCUAUAAUUUAAAUUUUAUUAUUUUUAUGAAGAUAAUAUAGAAUGUAAAACAUUUAAAAACAUUUUUAUUGAUAUUGUACAUUUGGAUAGGAAUGGAUUUCUGUGUCAUGCACAUCCACACUGACGUUGUUGUUUGUCUUGACUUAAAAAUGGCUUCACUUGCAUUUCAGCUUGGUUUGUGUCUUUGUUGAGAUUCUGCACUCUUACUAGUUCCUCAGCCCUUAUUAUUUAUUUAGAAGCUUGAUCAGGUUCCAGUUCAGCAGUGACCUGUUCAUUAGGCAGAAAAAGGAAAAAAAAUUAAGUGAAACAGGAAGGGACUACUUGGACUUGUUCAAUUAAAAAGGCUUACUUUUGUGUUUCUGUUGCUUUUUUUAUUUCUUUUCACAUUAUCCGAUGCAUGCCCUGAUGAACGAACCCCAGGUAUAAAUUGUCUUUUCAGCCUCUGAUGUUGGCAAGGCUGUCAUUAAAAGAUUAAGGAAGACAACCAUUAGUAAUCUGUUGAUAAAGUGCUUCACUCUUUCCAGUUCUCUGAUUGAUAGAAAUGUUAAGUUUUACUAUAUAUUUUUAUAAUACAUUUUCCGGAGUUUUUUGUGGCACUGAUACGCUCAGUCUGGUCAUUUGGGCAUUAGGAAGCACAUUUAAGUGAACAGGUCUGAUUGGUUGAUAAGAUGGUCUGGAGCCCACCCCCUAGAUAAUCAGUCAUAAUAUCAUUAUUAUUAUUAUCAAAUCAGCCUUGUUACAUCAUGCAGCUGACAAAGUUCACCGUCCCACCCAAACAGGCUGAAAUUCCAGGCAUUCUGUAUUUUUACUGUAAUUCUCUCCAUUUCAGAUUUUUAUUUCAACUUAAUAUUGUGGUAAUAUCUUAAAGAAGGAAGAUCCCAUCUUCGGCUGUAAUGGGCUUUUAAGGCCUUUGAAAGAAUGUCAGUCAUUAGCUGAUAUUUUAUCCUGUAUUUUGGUGUACAGGGAAAUGUCUUCACUGGUAACAUGUACUUACUCUACUUUUUCAUUGCUGUCCAUAAUUUAUUUGCAAAUUAUGUGUCCUGAAAAUCAUUGUACAAAGAAGUUUUCAAAUAUUUGUUUCUGAAAAUGCCCUUGUAAAUUUUACUUUAACAAUCUAGUAAAAUAAAAUGCUAUUCACAA